GUCACUCCUGGAGCUGGAGCCAGCUAGGGUCCUGGGACGCCCUCACUGCCUAGACCUAGUCCUCUGGAAACCAGCGGCAUUUGAGACUCUCGGAGCCACCUGGCAGGGCCGGGGGAGCUGGAAGAUGCUGGUGGCUUUGCUCUUGCUGCAAGGAGCGUCGCAGGUGGUGGCUGGAGGCAGCAGGUCCCGCUGGACAUAUGCAGGUCCCUAUGGCAAGGAGCACUGGGAGGCCGACUUCCCGGACUGCGGGGGCACAGCCCAAUCCCCCAUCGACAUCCAGACGGGGGCCACAUGGCAUGACCCCUCCCUGCUGCCCGUCCUGCCCCUGGGGUACGGGAGCCUCUGGGAUGACACCUUCACCCUCCACAACAACGGCCAUACAGUGAAGAUGUCACUGCCCCCCACCAUGACCCUGCAGGGGCUGCCAUGGGUGUGCACGGCUGUCCAGCUGCACUUGCACUGGGGCCGGCAGGGCCAGGCCGGGGGGUCUGAGCACCGGCUGGACGGCGAGGCGGCACCUGCGGAGCUGCACGUGGUGCACUACAAUUCGGAGACCUAUGCCAACCUGAGCCAGGCCCAGCACCAGGCUGAUGGGUUGGCUGUGCUGGGCAUCCUCAUCGAGGCUGGCGACACGCCCAACCCUGCCUAUGAUAACAUCCUCCGUCACCUGGAUAGCGUCCAGCAUGCAGGCCAGAGCGUCUCCAUCCCAGCCUUCGACGUGGGCGAACUGCUGCCGCAGAGGCUGGGGCACUUCUACCGCUACAACGGGUCACUGACCACACCACCCUGCCUGCAGAGUGUGCUCUGGACCAUCUUCCACCAGCGUGUCCGCAUCUCCAGCGCCCAGCUGCAGCAACUGCAGCAGACUCUCUUCUCCACGGAGCCGGGGAGCCCCCACCCACAGCCCCUGCUGGACAAUUUCCGGGAGCCCCAGGCAUUGAAUGACAGGCUGGUGCUGGCCUCCUUCCCUGUGGGUCCCACGGGCUACAGCACAGGAGAGAUCAUCGCCAUCGUUUUUGGUGUCCUGGUUGGGUGUCUCGGUGUUGGCCUUGCUGCCCACUUUGUGGCAAAGAGGAUACGGACGAAGAGGCGCCGGGAGCAGGACGUCGUGUUCAAAUCCUCGUCCAAGCGUGUGACGGUGGGCUAGGGAUGUCACGCCUGAG